AAAAAGAAUCUAUCCAAAGUUUGAAUAAACUUCUAAUCAUGAUCUCCAACGUACAGUACCCCAACUCCCACAGUUAAAAUAAAAACACAUCACUAGGGCCAUCCAUUGCUUGUGCUUAGAAGCAACUAUAUUGCUGAUUUGGUGUAUGUAUCUCUUUGGUUAAAUGGAUACGCUGUUUAGGCUUGUCAAUUUUCAACAACAACAACAACAAUAUCAACCUGAUCCUUCCCUCAACUCCACCACCACCUUAACAACUUCUAGCAGCUCUAGAUCCUCAAGACAAACAACAUAUCAUUAUUACAACCAACAAGAAGAAGACGAAGAAUGCUUCAACAACUUUUAUUACAUGGAUCAUAAUAACAACAAUGAUGAAGAUUUAUCCUCAUCUUCUUCUAAACAACACUAUUAUACUUAUCCUUAUGCUUCCACUACUACUAUCACUACUCCAAACACUACUUAUAAUACUAUCAACACCCCCACCACAACUGAUAAUUACUCUUUCUCACCCUCCCAUGAUUACUUCAACUUUGAAUUCUCCGGUCACUCUUGGUCACAAAACAUCCUCCUUGAAACUGCACGUGCAUUUUCCGACAAUAACACAAACCGAAUCCAACAACUCAUGUGGAUGCUAAACGAGCUUAGUACCCCAUAUGGUGACACAGAUCAAAAACUUUCAUCUUAUUUUCUUCAAGCUUUGUUUAGUCGCAUGAACGACGCGGGAGAUAGAACCUACAAAACCUUAACAACCGCGUCGGAAAAAACAUGUUCCUUUGAUUCAACGAGGAAGAUGUUGUUGAAGUUCCAAGAAGUUAGUCCAUGGACAACGUUUGGACACGUGGCAGCUAACGGUGCUAUCUUAGAAGCAUUGGAAGGUAACCCUAAACUUCACAUAAUUGAUAUUAGCAACACUUAUUGCACUCAAUGGCCAACACUCCUCGAAGCGUUGGCCACCCGCUCUGAUGAUACGCCUCACCUUCGUUUAACCACUGUAGUCACUGCAAUCAGCGGUGGCUCGGUGCAAAAAGUCAUGAAGGAAAUUGGUUCAAGGAUGGAAAAAUUUGCUAGGCUUAUGGGAGUGCCGUUUAAAUUCAAAAUCAUUUUCAGUGAUUUAAGAGAGUUGAAUUUGUGUGAUUUAGAUAUUAAAGAAGAUGAAGCUUUGGCUAUAAACUGUGUAAACUCUUUACAUUCGAUAUCCGGAGCCGGAAACCACCGUGAUUUGUUUAUAUCUUUGCUUCGUGGGUUAGAACCUAGGGUUUUAACUAUUGUUGAAGAAGAAGCUGAUUUAGAAGUUUGUUUUGGUUCGGAUUUCGUGGAAGGUUUUAAAGAGUGUUUAAGAUGGUUUAGGGUUUAUUUUGAAGCACUUGAUGAAAGUUUUUCAAGAACAAGUAGUGAGAGGUUGAUGCUAGAAAGAGAAGCUGGGAGAGGUAUUGUUGAUUUGGUUGCUUGUGAUCCUUAUGAGUCAGUGGAGAGACGUGAAACGGCGGCGCGGUGGAGGAGGAGGUUGCAUGGUGGCGGGUUUAAUACGGUGUCGUUUAGUGAUGAAGUUUGUGAUGAUGUUAGGGCUUUAUUGAGAAGGUAUAAAGAAGGGUGGUCGAUGACAUCCUCCGAUGGUGAUACCGGAAUAUUCUUGUCGUGGAAGGAUAAGCCGGUGGUGUGGGCCAGUGUAUGGAGGCCUUGAGGUGGCGCUGACGUGGCAUGGGUGAUUCACACGUGCUCUAAAUUUUAUUGGCACGUGCGUUUGGGAUUCAUCAUUGGUUACUUGAGAGUAAUUUUCACUGUUAUAUGGGUUCCUUUUUCUUUGAUCAAAAUAUAUAAGUUUGGUAAUUAAUUUAGGGGAGUAUAAGAGGAUUGAUUAAAGGGAGUUUGCUUGUAUUAAAAAAGGAAUUAACGGAGUAAAAUAUUUUUUUGGGUUA